AUGGCUGCCGUCGAAGACCUCUCCCGGUCCGAGUACCCGGCAAUGCUGGCCAAUCUCCAGCCAAGUCAAGCUGUGCAAGUACUCUCGGACCGGGUCAAGCGCAUUACGAAGGCCAACCAGGAUAUCGCAGACUGGCUUCAGGAACGGAGGAGAGUCGAGGAGCAGUAUGUUGUCGCACUGCGCAAGCUACUGGUCUUCAAGGUGCCCAACGCCGCUACCGAACUUGGCGUCUUCCAGGCGCCAUGGGACAAGAUUCUCCAGUCCACCGACGGCAUUGCCGCCUCACACCAGCUGUUCGCCCAGCGCAUCGAGAAAGAUGUCGAGCAACCCCUUCGCAACUUCCAGAACAGGAAAGAGAUGCAAAAUAUCCAGACAAUCAGCUCAAAUCUGCACUCGAUGGCCAAGGAACUCGACGACGCGACAGAAAGGUCAGAGAAGCUUAAUAAGAAGGGCAGCAAGGCGAACGCCCUCAAGGUGGACCAGGCUGCGGCAAGACUCGAGUCUGCCACCCAGCAGUGGGACUCUCAGGCACCUUUCAUCUUUGAGACACUGCAGGCUCUCGACGAGCAACGGAUCAAUCACUUGCGGGAUGUCUUGACGCAGUUCGAGACCCAUGAGGUCGACCAGGCUACUCGGACCCAGGCGGCAGCUGAAGAAGUGCUCAACAUGAUGCUCGAGGUCAAUACGGCUCAGGAGAUUCGGAACUUUGCCCAACGGACAGUCGCCGGGAAGCCCAAGUUGGAAAGGAAGUCCUCAUCGAGGCAAUCCAGCGCACUAGCGCCAAGCCCUAUUCCUCCAGCCGCUAGCCAUGAGGACAAUACCAGCGAGCACAGCCAGCCAGAGCAGCCAAAACUACGAAGCCGUAUCGGCACCAUGCUCGGCCGGCGACGACAGAGCAUUCACGGCGGCUUCGGGCAGCUAUCUCCUGGGAAGGGACUGGGCCCAUUCUCUCGCAACCUCGGGAGUAGCCAUGGCCAGACGCUAUCCCCAAGGACCUCAUCCCACAACUUAAACGACUCUCAACAGAGGUUGCCAUCUGUUCUUGAGAGCCCAACGGCAGGGCGUACUUCCACGGCAGAAAAGGAGACUGCCAAGACUUCUCAUGAGGGAACAAACGGUGCGGCUAGCGGGGAACAGUCCAACGGUGCUUCCCAGCCUGCAGGAUCGUCCAGUCUUUUGAACGGGACGGCCGAGGAUAUCUUUGACGCACCGCCAGUCCCCCCUUUGCCCCAGCAGAACAAGGAGGAGCCGGCCAAGGACGCUGAGGGCUUCACGAUACCUACGUCAACGAACGAUCCUAUUUCCCAGGCGCAAAAGGAGGCUGCAGCCGAGGAGGCUGACCCACUAUUCAAGCUGAACAUUAAGAAUGAGCCCAUCGCAGAAGAAGACCAGGAGGCAAAGCAAGCCGCUCUGUCUAAUGUCGCGAAUGCCCUCACCCACAUGGGAAUGCCUUCUCGGAAGACAGGCACCGUGCGAGGCAGGAGAGACGUCAGAAAUACCGUUUACAUGCCGUCAUUGCCAAUUGCCGACAGCUCAUCGGAGAAUCCUUUCCCAUCCUUCUCACCGCCUACUGCCAUGAAGCCCACCAGCGCAACGGCGUUGACUUCGGAAACAAGUCAUGCGUCCCACGCGUCUGAUACCCAAUCGAUCCGAUCCGGUACAUCGUUCGGGGGUGCCUCGUCAUACAGCAGCGUGGUGCGCAUCAAGCAUCCCGAUAUGCACGGACCGGAGUAUGGCCCUGGUCUUCACUCGUCCAUCAUUGAAACCGUGUCUGCCGUUUUCGAGAAUGCUGAGCCCAAGUCUGUCAAAGUCACAGGCGAGAUUGCUUUCUCCUACGUCCCUGACCCAGAUUCUCCCUCACCAGUAGAUCACGAAAUCAUCCGCCUGGACAAAUUCUCCGUCCUUGAGUCUAUCGGCUCCAACCGUGUCUUCGUAACCAACACAGCCUCCCCAGACGAGUUCUCCAUCAACGUCUCCCACCUCUCCAACACCACCUCUCCGGCCUUCACCUACCGGGUGCACGCCGACUCCGACACUGCCCUGGCCCCUCACUGCCCCAUCGCCGUCCAUCCCGUGUGGAAGCCUCAGGCCGACAAGCUUGGCCUGCUGCUGCAGUACCGCCUCAACCCGGUCGCCGCGGCCGCCUUUGCCGAGGCUGGCAGCCCCGUCACGCUAUCCAACGUGGUUUUCAUCAUGACCUACGAGGGCGCCCGCGCCAGCGGCGUCCAGACAAAGCCCACCGGCACCCAUCUCAAGGAUAAGCACGUCGUGUACUGGCGCCUCGGGGACGUCACCCUCACCGACGCCUGGGAGAAGAUUAUCUGCCGUGUUAUUGGGGAGCAGAAUGCCGAGCCGAAACCGGGGCAUGUCGAGGUGAGGUGGGAGUAUCCAAGCGGGAGAGGGGGCAGUGGAAUCUCGGUUUCGAGGCUGGUGGAAGAUAAAGGGAAGGGGAAGGAACCGGCGGCGGCGGCGACGGAAGAGGAGGAUCCGUUUGCGGAUGUCGAGGCACCGUCACCCCCACCCGACGGGCCCGUCAAGAACUGGGUUGAUGUGCCCCUUGUGCGGAGGCUGGUUAGUGGCAAGUAUGAGGCUAAAUAG